AUGACCGACCCUUCGCCCCGUUCAAAGGCCGCACCCAUAUACUUGGGCUUCGGUAGCAACAUGUGGAAGCAACAAGUAAAGACUCGUUGCCACACUUCAAAAUAUCUAGGCAUCGCGCGGCUGCCAGGCUAUCGCUGGUUCAUCGCUGCGCAGGGCGGUGCCAACAUCGCCAAAGGGUCCGACGCUGACGAGGUCUGGGGUCUGGCGUACGCAUUGCAGCCCGAAGACGAAGCCGAGCUCGAUGUCAUUGAGCGGGUGCCAGUCCAUUUCACCAAGGACAUCUUGCAGGCCCAGCUGUGGGAGCCAGCGGCCGACGGCAAGCCGGCGGAUCCUGCUCAGGCACACAGGACGGUGGAGGUGCUCGUCUACAUCAGCCAUGAGCGGACAGCAAUUGGAAAGCCUCGAGACGAAUAUGUCAUUCGCAUGAACCAUGCAAUUCCUGAUGCUCUGAGCUCAGGUGUACCUCCGGCAUACAUUGAGAAUGUUCUGCGGAAAUGGAUUCCUUCUGGUCAUGGUGAAUCGGUCAAAGGUAUUAGCUAG